UAUGGAGAAACGGAAGUGCAAAGAGCUCGGCCACUCCCUUGCACAGUUCUCCCAUUGCACACUAUUGGGGAAGUGCAUUCUCAGAGUCGCCAUAUCAGAAGCGGGUCUAGAGGCACCGGGUUGAAGCCAGCGCCGUGUCUCCCAGUGGCUGAAGGCAGCACGAACUCUAAGGGCCCUUUGCCUCUGCCAACCCCAUAGACCGGAACCCAAGAACUGCAGCACGGGGCUCUGCGUACUCAAUGGAUCAAAACCAGGGUCCCAGCCAUGCUGCUUCUCAAGACCGUUCAAGGAUGUUGGCAAGGAAAGAAGAGAUGGAUAAAUUCCAGUUGCAGACUAGUGGGAAUCUCUUCAUCAAGGAGUUCAUGGAAUUGCUGGCUAGGUGGCAGCCAGCUGAAAACAUCAGAAAGCAAUACAUGGAAAAGGUGCUGCACACAGUGUUCUUCUUUGGAAGGCUGAAUCAGAGGCAGAUGAGACCCAACGAAUUCCUAGACUCCAAAACUUUCCAGCGCCUGCAGGAGAAGUACCCUCGAUCAUUCCAGGAGUACGACACCCACCUGCCCAGCCUGACACCGUACUCCAUCCUGCUGCAGUUUGGCAACGAAGUAGCGGGCUGCAGCACCCAAGAGGAAAUGGAAUCUUUCUUGCAUGGAUUUAAUAGCGCUGUGGAAAUAGCAAGAAGGACUCGAGCACCCAAACUGAGGCCCACUGAGUUCACCUUCAGAGCCGCAGUUGUCGCUUACAGCUUUUACAGAGAACCCAGAAAACCUAAGAAUGAAGCAGGCUUCCCUCUCUUUUAUGGAGCAUCUGUCUCCUGCAAAGGGCGGAUGGAGAAGAAGAUCAUGAUUAGCAUCUUGUGCCUAAGGACGUGGCACCAGGCGGUGGCGUUCGCAGUGUACCACGGGCAGGAUAAUCUGGCCAUUGUCUUCCCUGAUGGAGUGCAGUGCCGAGCCUUCUGCUACAGCAGCAAUGGAGACUUCAUAGAAAAGCCACCCUGCGUCAACUGCAAGAUGAUGUAUCACGUCGACUUCCAGCCGUAUGAGGGUGACAGCAGGGAAAAUGUCCCAUGGCCAUACGGAAACUGCGCUGAGAAUGAGAGCCUGAGCAAGCUGCUGCAAGGCGAACCGGGGCUGCAGGAGAAGGUCGUCUCAACAGACACUUCUGUGAUAAACAAUCCCCCACAGAACACCUACCAGACCAUUGAGCAAGAGUUUGAAAACAACAUAAAACCAAAUCUUAGAAAUCAGCUUAUCAGGCUGCUUCAGCACAAAAAUUUUCCUCAUAAUCUGCAGUUUUUUGAACCAUAGUGAGUGCCGGAGAGGCAUCUGCAGUGCUGUGUAUCAGCACAACACCCCCAAGCCCCUGUCUUCCUGCAUAUUCCCAUGGGUCACCCCACUGAGCUAUGGGUGAUGCAGGGCAUGUGAGGUCAGAGCAGCUGGGAGCCCCAAGCACUGCAACCACUCCUGCUCCAGAAGGUACCAGCACGGGAGAGAGGAGGACCCUCUCACUCCACCUUUAUGCUGCCUCCAAACCCAGCUACAUGCUCAUGUCAGCAGGUUCUGCUUAUCUGGGGUGAGAAUCCAGCCUGGCUCCAUGUCCUGCCAGCAGCACAGUGAUAGGAUAUCAAUUUGCCCCUUGCUAAUCUCCAGCACACAGGGCUCUGCUUUUCACCUGUAUAAAUAAACAUGUCUGAUUUUCAGUU